GGUGUGCACAGAUAUCUGGUGAAGAGAUCCUGUUAGGGUGGUGAGAGGACAAGCUGUAAAGUUUUCCUACUUAACGUAACAAUGCUGACUUCCUCUUAACACCUGAUGCAAUUUAUCAGAGAAGGUGCUUUUAUAUAUAUUUUCUCUGAAGCUGUUGAUGAACAUAAUCUUUUGUGCACCAUUUACAGAUGCAUGCAUGCUCAUGUGGAAAUACACUGAGGUUUUUAUUGAAGGCUCUUUCAUCUGAAGCAAAACCUGACAACUCCUGGAUAUGGAUGCUUUGAUACUAAUCCUGCAACCAAAACCUACUAAGAGAAAUUGAUACCUUUUGGAGAACUAUUGCUGGGAUUUAUUAUCCAAUUGCUUGUGCAGCAAACUCUGAUCACAGAGGAUUGGGUUGAAUUUUGCUUGUGAAUCCAGUAGUAGUAGCAGUGCUUUGUGCUUUCUGUAUCACCACCUCCCCUAACUCCCCACGCCCACUCUGUGCUACUAAAGAACGGAAUGAAGGGAGUGAUGGAUAGUUACCUGGACCUCAGUUUCCUGACAGAGGAUGAAUAUCAGGCAGUCUUGAAAGUAAUUCAGAGGGAUUCUGAACUCAAGGAAAGAGACAGUGAGCGAAUCAGGACAGCACAGAAAUCUAUUCAAGAUGAAAAGAGAAGGAAGUUAGUUACUGGGCAGUGGUUUGAUGAAGUUAAAGCAAAGCGUUACCGGAAUUCUUUACUUGGAAUGGAACUGAUCAAGGCCUCAAUAAGGGGGAAAAAGCCCAUAACACACGAGACUACCAAGAAGACUGAAUCACAGCAAGCUCAUCUGACUCCAUCAUUUCCUAUCCCAAAAUUAUCCCAAACUACAAAAUAUAAAGAUACGAGUGUUUCAACUGAUGAAACCAGUGAAGAAGCUCCAGGUGAGGAAGAAAAGAUCGCAGCGAGACAGAAAAUUAAAGCGAAGCCUGUGUUUGAACAGGACAUUCAGAAGAAGUCAUGGUGUGAUCCUUGGGAAAUCAGUAGUGAUGAGCCAAGUUCUACAGAUGUUUCUAUACAAACACUGAAAAAGGGACAACAAAGAGAUACAGGACCUAAUGUAUCCUCUCCAAUAUCUGAGCCAGCUUCAGAUGGGCAGAAACAAGCCAAGAAUAUGGAUAUUCACCAUCCACAAACCUACCAGAUUCCUACAGGUUCUGACAUUUCCACUGACCUGCAGACGAGAUACACUUCCAGUGUUUCUCGAAUUCCAAGAAGAAUUCAUUCUAUUGGCGCUUCAGGAGACUUGGGCAGAACUGGGGAGCCAACAGCAUUAAAUGCCAAUAUUGUGGAACAGGACCAUGUGAAUGGUCAGCAAAGGAUUCCUUCAGUUUCCAGUGUAGAAUCUCCUACUUGUGAACAAGUUCCAGACCUGAUGAAACAAGACAAUGUUGCAGGUAGCCACUGUAAUAGGACACAAGCCUACCAGGCUGCUGAGAUUAGGGACCAAAGAAUUGCAUCAACUGAUGACAGCACUCUGAUGACAAGAGCACAGAGUAAUUUAGAAUUUACAGAGAAAAGAUUGAAGGCUCCAGAAGAGCCUGAGCACAAUAAUUUGAAUGGUCAAGGAUUUGCCACAGUCUCUACUGUUGCAAUGCCAGUGAGUAAGAAGGCCCUGGAUGUGCCAAAACCAAGGAAGAGCAUGGCCACUCGCUAUAAAGGGGCACCCAUUUACCAUUUUCCAAAAGCCAGUGACCUAGGGAAAAUGGCUACCUCUAGUGUUACGUGGAUUCCAAAACGGAGGAGCUCAUCCAGAGAAAGUGAAACACUAUCAACUGUGAAGCCAGAAAGCCUUGCCCCUGAACCAGGCUCACAGGGGCAACCAUUAGCCACUGCUGAUGAAGACCAACAAGCACACCAGACACUUGAGAAAUUGGACCUGUCACCCACAUAUCAGAUUCCAAGACCAAAAAUUGCUUUAGAAGCAGCAGCAGAAACUCCAAAAGCACCUGUUGAGGAUCUGAAGCCACCAAGUAGACAGUUGGCAGGUAAAAAUAGGACUGCGGAGAUGACUGAUCAAGCAAAGACUGCCUUCGAACCUGCUUCCAGAAUAGCUAAAUAUCAGCCAUCCUCUUCAGAUGAUGAGAGAGAAAAAGGCCAUAAACCGGUGUUCACCAUACAUGCUUUGAGUAAUAAGCACCUUGAAGAGGAAAUCCUGACUGAUCCCAGCCAUUUUAAAACUUUGAAAGAUUUUUGGGAAACAGGAGUUGAAUCCAGUAAAGCAAACAAUGAACUUCCAAGUAAUAUUUCCAAAAUUCCAGUUAGAAGACUUAGAUCACCAGAUUAUAAAAGCUGUCCCACUGAAAGAAAGCAUUCCACAGUGGAAGAUCCCAAGUCCAAUUUGGUAACCAGGGAAAUUCCUCCGACAAAUAGCUUUCUUAAAUCAGAACAUCAAAGGAACCAAUCAGUAGCUCAUUCUUCUGAGGAAGAAGGAGAAGCUGCUCAGUUAACCAGGGCUAGCAAGUUUGCUCCUGUUCCUGCACCAAGAGUCAAACCAACUGAUAAAAUGGGACAGAAUGAUAUGUGGAUGACCAAGUGGGAUAAACAUGCAGAAGUAAAUCCUUCCGUGAUUGUUGAAGUACCUAAAACUGUUGCCCAGCGAACUCAUAGCAAUGAUGAUCGGGCAAAAGACUCCUUUGGACCGGAAUCCUUUGAACAUGGAAGAUCCACAACAUUGAUGUCUUCCAAUAACUCGAGUUGGGAUGAGUCUCUGUCAAACGUGAAAAACAGUCAAACUGCUUCCGAUUACAAUUCAGAAGAACCCAUAAAAAAGGAGAUUCUUCCAUCAAAAGAAAAUGAGAGAAAGGAGAUGUACAAGAAGAUAAAGAAAAUGGCAGCUGAAUCAGCCAUAUACGACCCAGCACCAGUAAAGGAGUUCACAAUGAUAAAGGCUGACGAAGUGUGCAGUGAGAAGCCAAUACUGCUUGACAAUGGUCACAAAUCAGAGAUGAGGACCCCUGUAGACAGUUAUACAAUAGGACUCAACAAAGAAUGCCAACUUUUUCCGAACCAAAAAGCUGAGGAAAUCACACUGAGCUCUUCCAAGUCCGAUAUUCCUGUGUUGGAAGAGGAAGUGGUCCCAGUAAAAAAUGACCGUACCAUCAUUUCUUUGAAGAGGCGGGUAGAAGAGCUGGUGGACAAGUCAUCUGAAGAUGAUCUAACUGAACCUGAGACCAUCCUGAAAUACAAUAAAUACACAGUAUCAAAAAGUGGAAGUGAAGAAUCAAAAUAUUUAUGCAAGAACGCACAUUCUGGAGAUGCUGAUGUGGGUGCAUCAUCUACAGAUGAGCUCAAUUGUUCACUCAAAGUAAACCCUGCAGUCAAUGGCAAAUCUUUAACUUUUGCUGGUACACAAGAUAAUGAAGAUGACCUUUCGGGCAAUGCAAUAAACAGUAAUUCCACAGUCCAGAAGGAGGAAUCCUCAAACCUUGUCCAUUCUAUGGAUGAUUCGGAAAGUAAUGAUGAUUUUCAAAGGAUGGAGUCAGAUUCGACUUAUGGAUUGUCUCCGGUAAUGAGGGCUUUAGCCAGAGCUAGGAAGACUAACACUAAGAGUAUGGACAACCUAAGCUCUAUUACAGACAGAGAAACCAUCACUUCUUCAGUGGAUGAGAAUGAAAUAAAAAGAGAUGCUGAUGACAAACCACCUGCAGUAAACCUUCCAAUUCUGGAACAUGCAAGAGUGAAGGAGCUGAGCAAGUCUGUUCCUAUGCUCAUAACUGAGAGUGAAUCGGAUUCUGCUUCAGAGGUCAGCUUCAACAUUGGAUGGCACAGGAAGACUCCCAGUGAUGCCAGCCACUCCUCAGAUAUGGCAUCUGUGUCUUCGGUGAGUGGAAGCAUCAUGAGUGUCUACAGUGGUGAUUUUGGAAGCAUUGAUGCCCAGGGGUCAGUUCAGUUUGCUUUGGAUUACAGCGAGAAGAAUAAAGAGUUCCAGAUUUACGUGAGUCAGUGUAAGGAUCUGGCAGUAGUGGAUGAGAAGAAGGGUCGAACCGAUGCAUAUGUUAAGACAUACUUGCUUCCAGACAAGGCACGUAUGGGCAAGAGAAAGACGUCUGUCAAGAGGAGAAACGUUAAUCCAUUCUACAAUGAAAUAUUGAAGUAUAAAAUUGAGAAGAGCGUUCUCCUAAUCCAAAAACUCAAUCUGUCUGUCUGGCACAAUGACACUCUGGGCCGGAAUAGUUUUCUGGGAGAGGUGGAUGUAGACUUGGCCAGCUGGGACUGGAGUAAUCGAGAACUCAACUGGUAUCUUCUAAAAUCAAGAUGUCCUGCUGUGGGAAUUGGAAUAGAUCACAGAGGGGAAAUAAGCCUUGCCAUCAAAUAUGUACCACCGGGUGCUUUAGGUGCUGGAGAUCCACCCACUGGAGAGGUACACAUCUGGAUGAAAAAUGCCAGGGACUUGCCCCAGCUUCGAUCAUCUGGAGUGGAUUCAUUUGUGAAAUGUUAUGUGCUUCCCGACACUAGUAAGAAGAGCUAUCAGAAGACUCGGAUUGUGAAGAAGGACACCAACCCUAUUUAUAACCAUACAAUUGUGUAUGAUGGCUUCAGAACAGAGGAUCUUAAGCAAGCCUGUGUUGAGCUGACAGUAUGGGACCAUGAAAAACUGACUAAUCACUUUCUGGGCGGACUCCGACUGGGCUUUGGCACUGGUUAUAGUUAUGGAAUCCCAGUAGAAUGGAUGGACUCCACAGAAGAAGAGGUGGCUCUUUGGCAAGAAAUGGUGUCCAAUCCCAAUGAAUGGAUACCAGGGUCCCUGCUACUUCGGUCUCAACUGGGAGGCAAGAAGCUGAAAUGAAAUAGCACUUUGUGCAAAAAGACCCUUGAUAGUCUCUACUGCCAAAAUGUCAUUUGUCAAUCAACGACUGAUAAUGCACUUAGUGGACUUGAUAACGUGAACCAAGACAUGUUUUUUUCUGUUUCAAAUAUUUUACCUUCUGAAAUGACUGAAUCUAUUGCCAUACUUGAAUCAUGAAUUCCUUAUAAAGAAACCAUUUCAAAUGUU